UCUAUUGACUUUUCUGUCACUGCGAAUAAAGUUCCAACGUUAUCAAAAUGUUGCAACCAGUUAUGCAUGUUUUGAAGCAGAAAAAUAUUAUUCUAGCUUCUGGCUCGCCUAGGAGGAAAGAGUUGAUCGAAAAUAUAGGGUUAAAAGUAGGAUUGUGUCCAUCUCUAUUUGAAGAGAACCUUGAUCUUAAAAGUUUUAAGAGUUUCUCGGAGUUUGUGGAAGAGACAGCGCUGCAGAAGGCUCUGGAAGUUGAGAAUCGUCUGAUUGGGCAGGGCAAGGCUCCGGACAUAGUUAUAGGAGCGGAUACUAUGGUGACUCUGGAUGGGGAGAUGUUUGGGAAGCCUACCACUAAAGCAGACGCUUUCCAGAUGUUGUCAAGAUUGUCAGGACGAGGACACACAGUAUACACCGGGGUUGUGGUGAAGGCCAAGAACGAAACAGUUAAGUUCACGGAGAAGACUGAUGUCAUAUUUGGCAAACUGAAUGAAGACCAGAUCAACGGGUACAUUGCCACUGGUGAAUCUAUGGACAAGGCAGGCGGCUACGGCAUCCAGGGCGUGGGCGGAACAUUCGUAGAGCGAGUUGAAGGAGAUUACUUCACUGUAGUAGGCUUGCCUCUCUACAGGCUCUGUGCUGUGCUCUAUGACAUGCAUAAACACUUAUAGAUCUACCCUUAGUGGACCUUUUGUGGACCA